CACUCUGGACUCAUCAGAUUUUAUAUUGAAGGCUUUUCUGGCUCUCCAGAGUUCCGUCACACACUCUUUGCCAUCUUCUUCUUCUCCUUCUUCGUGACUUUAAUGGGAAAUGUAAUAAUUAUUGUCAUUGUCUGUGCUGAUCACCGACUACACUCUCCCAUGUAUUUCUUCCUUGGUCACCUGUCUCUCCUGGACAUCCUGGUUACCUCCACUAUCAUUCCUCCCAUGUUAGCAGGAUUGUUAAUGUCUGAAGUUCUGACCAUGUCUUUUUCAGCUUGCAUCACUCAACUCUUUUUGUAUCUCUCUUUGGGGACAAUAGAAUUUGUAUUACUUGGAGCAAUGGCAGUAGACCGUUAUGUAGCAGUUUGUAACCCCCUAAGAUACAACAUCAUCAUGAACAGUCAAGUUUGUCUCUGGGUGGUAAUAGUGGCCUGGGUUUUUGGGUUUCUUUUUCAAAUUUGGCCAGUCUAUGCUACUUUUCAGCUCUCCUUCUGCAGGUCAACUCUUGUAAAUCAUUUUUUCUGUGAGAGAGGGCUAUUGCUCAAGCUUUCCUGUGAUGACACAGUUUUCCUAGAGUUUAUUCUCUUCUUGAUGGCCACUGUUAUUCUGCUGGGUUCUUUGCUUCCAACUGUCAUCUCUUAUACCUAUAUAAUCUCUACCAUUUUAAAAAUUCCUUCUGCCUCUGGGCAGAGAAAGGCCUUCUCCACUUGUGCCUCCCACUUCACUAUAGUGGUGAUAGGUUAUGGCACCUGCUUGUUUCUUUAUGUGAAACCCAAACAGACUCAGGCAGCUGAGUAUAAUAAGAUAGUAUCCUUGAUGAUUUCAGUGGUAACCCCAUUCCUGACACCCUUCAUUUUUACUCUUAGGAAUAAUCAAGUCAAAGAGGCUCUAAGAAAUGUUAUCUUUUUAAGAGUUAACUCUUCUGGGAGGAUCUUACAGUGA